AUGGGAAAUCUAAUAGGUACUUGUUGCAUGGCAAGCAAAGAGUCUUUUGUGAAAGUUAUAUAUUGGGAAGGGAACACCAAAACCCUAACUGGGAGAAGAAGAUUAGCUGGCGAGAUCAUGUUUGAGUUCCCAGAAAGCAUGGUGUGUGAUGCCGAUCGCUUCUUUAUCGGCCACGCGAUACCAGCUUUGGCCAUUGAUGACCAGCUCAUUCCCGGCAAAACCUAUCUCGUUCUUCCACUUGAUAUCUUCUCUACCGAGAUCCUCUCAGUUUCUUCCAUAUCUGCCUUUGUUGCGCUGAACCAUAGGCGUACUGCAGCCGAUCUCAAGGAUGGUCCUUUAGAGUACAUAAAUGGAUCAAAUGGGAGUAUUUUGAUGAAGGUGAAACCUGAGUUUAUGGCAAGACAUCUUAGUUGUAGAGGUGGUCAUGGUAAUGAUCAAGAAAAUGAUGUUACAAGCAUUCAUGCGCCUACUAGUUUGUGUAGUACGCCUGAGUUACAGAAGGAGUAUAAGCAGUUGGUUAGAUCUAAGGAUCAAACAUGGUCACCUAAUCUUGAUACCAUUUCAGAAGCUAAUAAAAUUAGGUAUUCUCCUUAUAGAAUCAUAGGGUUGGAGUAG